AAUAUCAUCCCCAUUGUUGGUUAAUCUGCUGCAAAACGAUGGCAAUGCGUUGACAAGCCAAUUGAAGUCACCACAAUUGAUGGACUGCAGCUCCUCACCUUUGCGUCCAUGCUCGUUACCGGCGACACCCAGUGAUUUUGUCCACUUGGCGUCACUCGACAACGGGAAUGUGCCCUCAUCUCCGACAGGCGGCGGGUCCGUGGUAAUCCGAGGCAUGCAGCAUCUACAGCAGCAGCAACAACAACAACAGCAGCAACAACAACAACAGCAGCAGCAGCAACAAUUGCUUCUCAGUCCCAGCAGCACACCGAAUCUGUAUAACCAAGGGCCAGCAACACAUCGCUUUCCACACGCGACAGGUUUGCGGCACCAGCAACAGGUGCAACAGCAGCAGGUGCAGCAGCAGCAGUUGCUUCAGCAGCGCCAACAUCAGUUGCAAGGAAUGCCACCACGCUUUAUGCCACCACAACAACAGCAGCAGCAACAGUUUAUUCCACAACAACAGCCAAAUGAUUGCUUCAGUAAUUUAAACCUGCAACAGCCGCAGCAACAGUUGAGACAGCAGCAAAUCCGAGCCGGUCUGCCACCGCCGCCACCACAUCCGCAACAGCAACAUCAACAGCAGCAGCAGCGACUUAUGAGCAUGCCGUUGGCAUCGCCACAAGCUCAGCAGUUUAUGGGUCAUGGCGGUGCCUCGCCGAUUGCCCAUUCACCUGCCUCCAGCCACCACUCGAUGCACAGUCCGUUGAUGUCAAAUCACCAGACAGCGCCGCUGCCGCCAUCUUCAAUGUUGUCGCCCUCUACAGCGCCCAAUAGCCCGCACCCGCAGCAAUUAGCGCAGCUUCAACAGCAACAGCAACAACAGCAGCAGCAACAGAAAGAGCUGAGUUCAAUCUCUAAUAUGCAAAAUGCACACCUUGUACCUGUAGCACCGCCUCCGGACUAUAACCAGGCGGCGGCAAAUUCACGCUGGCCGGCGCUUAAUAAACCGAUGGAUUCAGCUACGAAGAGCAGCUUUCAGGAGUUUACACGCUAUCAGAUGCAAUACAAUCUACAGCAGCAGCAGCAACAAAUCAACUUGGGCAAUGGCCCAAUGCAGACAGCAGCGAAUGCAGUGGAACUGGUGCCACCAACAGGACAACGGCAACAGCAACAGUUGCAGCAGCAGCAGCAACAACAACAACCACAGCAGCAGCAACAACCACAACAACAACAGCCACAACAACUGCUGCCAAUGCCAGUUCAACAAAUGGCAGCACAACAACAACAAACCCAGCAAACACAGGCGAAUGUGGCAAACACUUCGUCUGUUGGCCAUGGCCUAAAUGAUCCGCUGAUUUCAUUGUCCGACCUGGACGCCUUAACCACCAACGACUUGGACGCUUUACUGCCAACUCUAAACUGUGAUCUCGACUCAACGCUGAGCCUCGAGGAUAAGAAUGAGCUCGAAUCGUUGCUGCAGGAUGCUAAGGAUCUGGACUUGGACUUGAUCGAGGAUAAUUUGUCAGCGGUGGGCAUGGAUGUGGGAGAUGCACUCAGCACGCUGCAAGAUGCCCCCAAUUGCUUGGAGCAACAACCAACGCAGCAACAGCAGACACAGCAACAAUCACAAAUGCUCGAUAUGCAGCCCUAUAAUCAACAACAAAUGCUGCAACAGCAACAACAACAGCAGCGGCAUCAACUGACUCAGAUGCAACAGCUGCAACAACAGCAGCGACAGCAGUUGCAGCGUCAGAUGCAACUUCAACAACAGCAACAGCAACAAGUGGUACAACGUGGGCAACAGCAGCAACCAUUGCAAAUGCAACAACAACAGCAAUUGGUAGCUCAAAAGAAAUUGCAACAGUUGCAGCAGCAACAACAACAACAGCAGCAGCCGCAACCACAACGUAUUGGCAAUGUGCAGCAGAAGCAAUUCAUUAUUAAUCCGCACACUGGCGACAUGGAACCAAUGGCCAGCGACGAUAGCGACACGGAGGCGGAACAAGAAACGACGCAGCUGCAAUUCCGAAGCAUUUCGAGUGGCUUAAGUGGUUAUGGUGGCUUCAAUCCUGCCAAUGAUAUGCUGCUGCCGAACAAUCUCUUCUCCGAGGAGGAUUCCAACUCGGCCAUGUCAGGCGGUGGUCAGCAGUUGCCGCUGGCAAUUAACAGCGAUCAGGAGCGUUCACGUGACUCACUCAACUCCAACAAAUCGGCAACAAAUCGGGCAAGAAAAACGCCGCUACUGAAGGUGAAUCACAGCAAUCAAAAGCAGCAACAACAACAGCAACAGCAAAUGGCAAACUCAUGCCAUCCCAUGCAAAUGCAAAUACAACAAAUGCAGCAGCUGCAACAGUUGUCCACGGGCAGUGCAGAUUCACCACGAUCUGGCAAUAGUUCGCCAUUGAUUGGCAGCAAUUCUCCGCUUGCCACCAGCAGCAACAACAAGAAGGCUAAGCCCAAUCUGCUGCGUGAGAAACUGCAACAAGGUGUUAAGGAGCGUAAAUCCAAGGAUGCAACAACAACAACACCGACGACGACGAUGACAACGACUCCAAAACCGAAGCGGGAACGUGCCAAGGGCAAUGCCAAGGCUAAAACGGCGGCAGCGACGGCGGCAGCAGCUGCAGCAGCAGCAAUGGCUGAGGAGAAAAUUAAGCUGCGACUGAAGCUAGACAAAGUAGAUAUGCCGCAAGUUGCCUAUGAGCAACAGCAGCAGCAGCAACAACAACAACAACAACAACAGCAGCACAUGCAACUCAAUGCCAUCAUGGAUAAUAAUCAUAAUCAGCAGCAGCAACAAAUGCCGUUGCAGACGCAGUUGCUAACGUUGCCACAACAGCAGCAGCAACAUCUGCAACAGCAGCAACACCUUCAACAGCAACAUCUACAACCACAACCUCUGCAAGCACAACAGCAUCAGCAACAACACCUUCAACAACCGCAACAGCAUCAUCCCGUCUACAGCAACAUGGCACAGCAGCAACAAACCGGACAACAGCAACAAGUUGCUGCUGCUGCUGGACUCAACGAGCCACGUGUUCCACCAUUGCAAAUACGUUUACGCGGCAAAAACUCGGUGGUUGUGAAGAAUACACGAAAGGAGCGAAAGAAGGCAACCGUUAAUGCGGAGGAGGAGCACAAGAUUCGUCAGCUCAAACGCGUAUUUAGCGAGCAGGAAACGCAGCAGCAGCAGCAACUAGUGAUUAUAGAUGGAGCGACUGAGAAUAAGCAGACCAAGUUAACAGCAGCAACAACAACGCCAACAACAACGCAUGUAAAUGGUUUGCCCAACUCGAGUGUUGUUAUACAAAAAACCAGCACACAACCAGCUCAGCAACAGCAACAACAACAGUUGCCGGCAAAUGCCAAGACAACAACAAUUGUUGCUGGCAAGAAUGGGCUGACAAUUAGUGCGAUUGUUGAGGCGCACAAGACGCAAUCGCAAUCACAAAUUGUCGAUGGGCAACUGUUGUCGGUGGGUUCAACCAAUACGGGAACAGCCACAACGUUGCAGCAACAGCAGCAGCAGCUCAGCAAAAUUGCAACAUCGCUGCCAAGCAGCAUAACACUGAGUGCAAUCACCAGCAACACCAACAACAAUAAUAAUAAUAACAGCAACAAUAACAACAAUAAUAAUAAUAACAGCAGCAGUAAUAACAAUAACAAUGCCAGCUGCAAUACAAACAUCAACAGCAGCAACAACAACAACAACAGUCGCAUGCUCAGCAAUUUGAGUCUGAAGAAUCCCAUCAAGACUGCAGCGACCAUCACACCCAUUUUGGGUGGCAAACCGUUGACAAAAAACCAUAAGCCGCCGCCAUAUAUAACCGCCGUGCAACAGCUGCAGCUACAGAAGCAGCAACAGCAACAGCAGCAACAACAACUGGCGGCGGCCGUAACAAUGUUGCCCAGUGCGACGACGCUGAAGCGUGUCGAAAUAACAAAAGUGGCCCCAACAGCAGCAGAUGCAGCAACAAUAACAACUGUAACAACAACAACCUCACCCUCCACAGCAGCAACAGCAGCAGCACCAACAACAACUGCAACAUCAACCUCAACAGCAACGCUUGCCGAUAGAAAGUUGCCAGUGGCGCUCUCAAUGAACAGCAACCUGCAACAGCAACAACUCAAUAAUGUAUGUGAGCUGCCAGCAACUGUGCAACAAAAAAAUAACCAUGUGAGCCAGCAGACUGUGGCCAACACAGCGUCACCAACGCCAGCUGCCGUUUUAGCCAACACAUUGCGUAACUCGCCCGCCAGCAAUGGCAGUGGCACGCCCGGACACGGCAACAAUGGCGGUGGCGAGGAUAGUGGCAUCGAGUCCAUGGAUGCGCUCUCCGAGAAGAGUCCACAUCAGCAAUCCUCCAGCAGUCCCAUACAGCAGCAAUUGGUUAGUAAACAGAACACGCCGGCAACGUCAACUACAACUGCCACAGCAGCAACAACAACAGCAACACCAUCAGCAACAGUUGGUGUCGCUGUGACAACAACAAAAACAACAGCGGGUAGUUGCAACAGCAACAAACUGCAGCUGCAACAUGCGGAUGAUGAGAUUGAAAAGGCACUGGCCAAAAUGGAAGGCGACUUUCCCGACGACUUGGAGAACAUUGUGGCCAGUGUACUGAAGGAGACGGCAGCGUCGAAUAUGAACUGUGGUUUCAACUUGACGCCCAACAAUACAAAAGUGAAAAGUGAAAUACUCGAGCACGAUGAUCUCAUCAAGAAGCUGACGGACAACAUCGGUAACAAAGAUGAUAACAAGGUUGUUGCUGAAAAAACUGAAGUGAAAGUGAAGCUGGAGAAAAAGGAGCCAGUUACAGCAGAGCAGAAGAAAGAGUCGAAAAGCGAAGAGAAACUGGAAACUGUGACGAGCAAAGAGAGCAAAGAGAUCAAUGAAGAGCAAGAGAAGCCACAGACUGAGUCACUGCAGCCCAUAUCGAUUGAAAUUCCUGCGGAGACGCCACGGAAAAGAACACGUGCCAGCAGUCGCCUGGAGAGUCCCCUGGAUGCGCAGAAACCCAGUCCGGAAGCACUAGUAACAACAUCAGCAACAACGACAACAACAACAACAGCAGCAGCAGCAGCCAGCAAUUCUGGUGAGAGUGCAGCACGUGUAUUGUCAGUUGCAAGUCCUCGCCUGGGCACGCCAACGCCAAUUCACAACAACAACAACAACAGUAGCAGUAGCAGCAGCAACAACAACAACAACAAGCGACGUCGCCAGGAGUCCGAGUGUGGCAGCAGCAAUGAUGAUGCCACAGAUGCCACACUUGUUGUUGGUGCUGAGACCAACAGUGGCAACAACAACAACAUCAGCAGCAAACGCACACGCAUCAGCAGCGGCAGCAGCAACAACAACAAUGCUGAGAGCACUGAGUCAUCAACGGGUCUCAAUCAUCUGAUUACGAAAAAGAUUGAGAUUGAGUCUUCGGAUUCGGAUGAGCCGUUAAUUGAAGUUGCCGGCAAGGUGCGAAAUUCGAAGGCGCAGGUCGAGGAAAAACACGUGACCCGACGCAAUGCUCAGCAACAACAACAAGCCCAACAACAACAGCAACAGCCAAAAGCGAUCCAUGUGAAUGCUGCAGCCACUCAGGUGCAGAAGGCAGGCAAAACACAGCCAGUUGCUGCCACAAACAACAGCAAUAGUCCCAGUGCAACGUUGCAGUCGGUCAGCAAUGCAGCAGCAGCAACAACAGCAGUAGCAGCAGCAGCAACAACAUCCAACAUUAGCAACAACUCGAAUGUUGUGCAUGCAACACGAGGUGCAACAGCAGCAGCUGCUACCAGCAGCAACACAGUCAACAACAACAUGAAUGCGAGCUCGCCAACAGACGAGAAGAUCGGCACGAGGAGAAGCGUGAGAGCAAGUGCAGCUGCCAACAAGAUCAUUUACAGUCGCAGCAAUGCAGCAGCUGCUGCAGCGGCUGCAGCUGCCGCGGCAGAGCCAAAGGGACGCCUGGCAAAGCUGCAGGAGGAGGAGGAGGCGGCAACUGGAGUUCUUGGUGCAAAUAAUUCGAAUGCAACAAGUGCAAAUAUUGAGAGUGUGGCAGAAGCGCGUCGCAAGACACGAAGUGCAGUAAUUGGCGAGUCCAUGUUGACCGAGGGACGACGGAGAAGAACAUCGCGUGACUACAAGUGACCAGAGUUUUGCGCCUUGGCUAAGGGUUUGAACCAUGCAGGCGAUGCUAACGAGGAUGACUUGAUCGAGCUGAUCGAACUGGAUGCUGUGGAGCGGUUUGAUUUCAGCACUAGUUUCCCUUUGGUCCAGGCGCAAAACAUUGAUGGCGAGUCACAGGCGAACGAUGAUAAUGAUGAUGGAGAUGUUGGCGAUGACCAUGAAGAGCAUCUUGUGGAUCUCUCUUCAGCGUUAAGUCUCAUUGAGAGUGCUGAGGGGGCCGAUGAGACCGAUCAUCUGCACAUGUUGAAUUAUCACAACAGCAGCAGGAGCAGCUACACGGAAACUGAUGUGAAUGUCGAUGCGGUUAGCUUGCUAAUGCCGGAAUUGGCCAAUGCAACAGCCUUGGACUGUGGCAAUUAUGUGGAUUAUGAUGAGUUUAACAUGUGUCUGAACAACAUACUCAGCGAGCAGGACAAUGACGAGGAACUCGCUGUCAACCCCGACUCGAAUUUGAAUGCUGGCAAGAACCAGCACCAACAUCAACAUCCGCAGUGGCAUGAUGUCAGCGAUGUACUCAGCAUAGUGCCAUUAAAUAAUAAUUUAGGGCUGACCUUUCAGGAGUUUUCUACCGAGUCAAGUGUGACUGCCGAUGAUCGUUCCGGCAGCAGCAGCUCGUCGCAAUUGGCCUAGUGACGAUUAGUUACUCAAUUGUUUAUAAUGUUGCUUGUAAAUAUUUAACUCACUUUUCGAUUUCGUUUUGUAAUUUAAAAAGGUGUUUAAUUUUUGAAUAUAUACAGUAUGAUACGCUUAAUUGACGAAUUGUCGAUAAUUGUGCAAUUAAGCACAUUAUACUGUAUUGAAUUUUGUAUAGUUAGUUGUAUCCAAAGGUUGCAAUAAUGUUGCAUCUCAAAGCGAGCAGCAUCACACACACACACUCAUACGCCCAUCUAUGAUGUUUAUAUAUUCUUUGCCUUUAAUUUUAGACUUGAGACUUACUUAUUCCCCUGCUAAUUUAGCGCUACUUUCCAUCAAUUAUCCCUUGGUAAAUGGAUUUGCUAGUCAAGUGGAACAGACAAUUUGUGUAUAGCUCAAAAAACCAUUAAAAACAGAAAAAAAAAAAAAUUUACAAAAAAUUAAAUGAAAAUGAAAACAAGAAACUUGAACAAAUUAGUUGAAAAUCAAAUAUAUUGUAUGUGCAGAAAUAUAUAUUACCAUCUAUAUAAGAAAGUAGUUAACCGAGACCGAGACACCCUGCUCUGACACGCAUGCGUAUUUCUUUUUCACAUCUCAGCUAUUGUAUAUAUUUUAGACAUAAUUCUGAUAAAUGCAACAUA